AUGACUAAAAAAGUGGACAGCGACUGCCUAUGGGACUCCCACUGCUCGAGUCUCACCCCGAAGUACCUGUCUGCAAACCUUUCACAUGAGAAGGCCAUUCGUGAAGAGAAGACCCCGUUACCCAUUCCUCCUCCAUCUGCGGACGCGCACCGUAUUCUCCUCGUCGCGGCCGUCUGCCGUCGCUGGCGCGGUCUCACUCAGCGUUGCGUCUCCGCGCUUCUCGUCCGAGACAAUCUCGUCGUGUCUCGCCAGGCUCUCGCGAGUGCUGUCGCUGCCUUACCGAACCUGACCCAUCUUCACCUCUGCGACGGCAGCGUCGAGACUCUCGACGACGCCUUCCUCGCUCACCUCGCGUCGUCAGCUCCCAACCUCGCCAUCCUCCACGUCGGAACCAGAAUUGCGCCUGUGAAGUGUAAAGAUUUUUAUGCCGGUAAAUGUGAGAAGGACGCGCAACCUAUAACAACCGCUGGCCUGGACUUCUUUUUCCGGCACUGCACUCGGCUGGAGCAGCUUUCACUUUACUGCCUCGAUCGUUGUGUCGAAUUCCCCGCUUCCUUCUUUCAGCUGCCGCAUCUGCACACUCUCGCGCUCACAAAUGCUUCACCACUCGAAACUCCCGAUUUCGCCAGCCUUACAUCGCUCACCACCCUGCACAUUGCCUCCAAUCAUCUCUUGGAACGAGUGGCAUACAUCGCUCGCCUCUCACGCGGCAUCACCACCUUCUCACACUCAGAAGAAGCCGUAGCAUUUCACCGUGAUUCCCUGGGCCUUGCCGACUUCGACACCACGCAGCUGGCUCUGCUCAAGUCGUCAAAGUUCAGCGAGGUCGUCCCGCACGAGGAUUUUGCUUCUUACGACCUGCCAGACGAUAUCGGCUGCUUGCAUGCCCUGAAGACCCUCGUGCUGCACAGGCUGCCACUCUUGGCCCUCCCGGGCGCCCUCCGCCACCUGCCUUCUCUCGAGACGAUCGUCCUCAUCGAAUGCACCACCUACCCGCACUUCAAGCUGUACGAAGAUUUCUGCGGCCUCACGUCACUCCAAACGCUCGCCAUUGUGAAGAUGCCUUCGACGAGGCUUCCGGAGAACAUUGGAGAGCUCUCAAGGCUGCACACUCUGUAUUUGAAUGGUCAGAACCAGCAGCCGCGACUGCCGGUCUCCUUCACCCAGCUGACUUCCUUGACCAGGCUUGAACUGGCCAUGUGCACGAUUCAAGAGCUUCCCGAGGACUUGGGGAACCUCACUAACCUGCAGGAGUUGCACAUUCGCUCCUGCCCCCGGAUUCAGCGGCUUCCAGAGUCCCUCACAAGCCUCUCAAGCCUUGAAACCCUUACGGUUGAUGACUGUCUGAAGCUCUUCUCGGUUCCCAGGAGGCUAGACAGCCUUGAGAAGCUUAAAUGGCUGGAGCUGACUGGGUGCCCCGAUCAUACUGAGCCUCCUACAUGCCUGCCACUCUCCCUCGAGGUCUUGAGUCUUGGGAACAGCUACCAUGUGGCUGAUCUGCCAGACGUCUCCGUGCUGCCUUGGCUGAGAAAGCUCUCCUUGAAGCUGGUUGGUGCGGAGGAGAGGAUGGCUGUGGGCAGCAGCUUGGCGCGCGUGAAGCAGGUGGAGCUGGCGCUGCAGGAGGAGGCUGUGGAGCUGCCCUUCUCCCUUGCGCUGCUCCCCCAGCUGCACACGCUGGUCAUGUGGAACGCGGGGAAGAUGCAGCGGCUUCCAAGCGACAUGGGAUGGGCUGUGCCGCAGCUGAGGGUUCUGCAGAUCCACUGUGCGCGGGAAUUGAGGGAGCUGCCGGACAGCAUUGCCGCUGCAUCCCGCCUGCGCCAGCUGCACCUCUUUGACUGCCCCGCUCUGCACCACCUGCCCGCUUCCCUCACCCAGCUUGCGUGCCUGCACCAGCUGCAUGUGGAAAAGACAGGCCUGCGCUGCCUUCCUUCAGGGUUUGCGCACUUGACCCGGCUGCGCAGUCUUAGUGUGCGUGGUUGUGCGCGGCUGGAGGGUCUGCCAGAGGAUCUCACGCAGCUGAAGAUGCUGCGAUUAUUGAGCAUUGGAAAUUGCAACAAGCGUGUGUGCCCUCGGCGGAACAAAGUUCUGGAACCUCGUGGGCUAGAAGAUAUGUAUGGAUUGAAAAUAGACCGUAAUUAG